AUGUUGGACAUCAACCAAUUCAUCGAAGAUAAGGGCGGUAACCCAGAACUAAUCAGACAAUCUCAGAAAGCUAGAAAUGCUAGUGUUGAAAUUGUCGACGAAAUCAUUUCCGACUACAAAGAUUGGGUCAAAACAAGAUUCGAAUUAGACGAAUUGAACAAGAAAUUCAACAAACUUCAAAAGGAUAUUGGUUUGAAGUUCAAGAACAAAGAAGACGCUUCUGAAUUAUUGGCUGAAAAGGAAAAGUUAACCCAACACAAGAAGGAAUUGACUGAAAAGGAGCAACAAGAAGAUAAGGACUUGAAGAAAAAGGUUUUCCAAGUAGGCAAUAUUGUUCACCCAUCCGUUGUUGUUUCCAAUGAUGAAGAAAACAAUGAAUUGGUUCGUACUUGGAAACCAGAAGAUUUAGAAGCCGUUGGUCCCAUUGCUUCUGUAACUGGUAAACCAGCUAGUUUAUCCCAUCACGAAAUCUUGUUGAGAUUAGAUGGAUAUGAUCCAGACCGUGGUGUGAAGAUCUGUGGUCACAGAGGUUAUUUCUUUAGAAACUACGGUGUUUUCUUGAACCAAGCUUUGAUUAACUAUGGUUUACAGUUCUUAGCUGCUAAGGGUUAUAUCCCAUUGCAAGCUCCAGUUAUGAUGAACAAAGAACUUAUGUCAAAAACUGCUCAACUAUCUGAAUUCGAUGAAGAGUUAUACAAAGUUAUCGAUGGGGAUGAUGAAAAAUACCUAAUUGCUACUUCAGAACAACCUAUCUCCGCUUACCACAGUGGCGAAUGGUUUGAAAAACCGCAAGAGCAAUUACCUAUUCAUUACGUCGGCUACUCUUCUUGUUUCCGUAGAGAAGCUGGUUCUCACGGUAAAGAUGCUUGGGGUGUCUUCAGAGUUCAUGCUUUUGAAAAAAUUGAACAAUUUGUCAUAACUGAACCUGAAAAAUCUUGGGAAGAGUUUGAAAAGAUGAUUUCUUAUUCUGAGGAAUUUUACAAGUCCUUGAAGUUACCAUACCGUAUCGUUGGUAUUGUCUCCGGUGAGUUAAACAAUGCAGCUGCUAAAAAGUACGACUUAGAAGCCUGGUUCCCAUACCAAAAGGAGUACAAAGAACUUGUCUCUUGCUCGAAUUGUACUGAUUAUCAAUCAAGAAACUUGGAAAUUAGAUGCGGUAUAAAAAAAAUGGGUGACAGAGAAAAGAAGUAUGUGCACUGUUUGAAUUCCACUUUGGCUGCUACUCAAAGAGCUUUGUGCUGUAUUUUGGAGAACUACCAAACUGAGGAUGGUUUAGUUGUUCCAGAAGUUUUGAGAAAGUACAUUCCAGGUGAACCAGAAUUUUUGCCAUUCGUCAAUGAGUUACCAAAGAAUUCUACCUCUAGUAAAGACAAGAAAAAGAAGAAUUAA